AUGGGGAGCCUAGGUCCUGGUGGGCCACCCCAGGUGCAAGCACCCUACACUGUUCUGCUGCUUCCACUGGGGACAAGCCGCCAAGACCCAGGGGCCCCAAGCUUCUUCCUCUGGCUGCAGAUGAUGCAGGCUCUGGAGAGGGAACAAGAUGCUCUGUGGCAGGGUCUGCAGCUGCUGGAGCAGGGCCAGGCCUGGUUCACAGACCACCUAAGGGAGGCACAGCAGAGGCAGCUGCAUCUGGGGGCCCUCGGUGAGGACUUUCUAAUGAACUCAGACUCAGCGACUGACUCCCCACAGCUCACCCAGAUUCAAGAGGUGAACGCUUGUUUGCGCCGUCUGAUUCAGGAGUUGUCACAGCAGCAAAAAGAACCGACCCAGUCCGAGGGAGAGGGAGAGGUGGCUCGGCGGGGGCAGAGGCGCCUGACCCGUGUGUGAAUCCUCCCCUCCCAGCAUCUCUGGGGAGAAGGCACGAUCAUGGGAGCCCUCCUUCAGCCUUAACCUAAACUGA